AUGGCCCAAUUGGUCUGUCCAAAUCACCCAAACGCCCAUCUGGUGGAAGACCAUCGAGCUGGAGAUGUGAUUUGCCCAGAAUGCGGCCUUGUGGUGGGAGAUCGACUGGUCGAUGUGGGCACAGAAUGGAGAUCGUUCAGUAAUGAGCGGAGUGGAAAUGAUCCCAGCCGUGUUGGAGCCCCCGAAAAUCCAUUGUUGGGUGGAUCUGAUCUCUCUACAACAAUUGCCGUUGGUUUUGGUGGAUCGGAAUCGGAUCAGAGGUAAGCAUUCCAAUUUUUUUAUUGAUUUUUUGAUAAUUGUGGUUUGGACAUGGUUUGAUAUCUAAAAUAAUGUCAAAAGCAAUGUUCAAUUCCGUCUUACAUCCUUCCUUUUUUGCAAAUUUGAUAUCUAAUACGAGUUUUUUAGUUUGGCCAAUGCGCAAAGGAAGAAUAUGAACAACACAGAUCGUCAAAUGACUCAGGCCAUAAGUGUGAUCCGAGAAAUGUCCGAAAGAAUCCAUUUGACCAGAGGAAUCCAAGAUCAAGCUGCAGAAAUUUUCAAAAAUGUCCUAGAUUCCCGAGCUCUCCGAGGUAGAAACAAUGAAGCCCAAGCUGCCGCAUGUUUGUAUAUCGCUUGUCGUAAGGAAGGAGUCCCUCGUACGUUCAAGGGUAAGAACUUAUUUCUCUUUUUUUAUGCUUUUAGAUUAUUCUUCCUACUUAAUUCGCAAGAUGUCCUGUGAUCUCACUUUGAUGUCUAAAAUAAUUUUUGUUUCUUUUCAGAGAUCUGUGCCGUUUCCCGUGUAUCCAAGAAAGAGAUUGGCAGGUGUUUUAAACUGAUUAUCAGGUCGUUGGAGACCAAUCUGGAACAGAUCACUUCGGCGGACUUUAUGGUAAGCUGUUGUCCCUACCACCAUAUUCCCCUUGCAGAGUCGGUUCUGUGGAAAUCUGGGGUUGCCCAUUCAGAUCCAAGCGGCGGCCACGAGGAUUGCCAAGAAGGCGGUGGACCUGGACUUGGUGGCCGGGUAAGCAGCAAUGCUGAUAUUGAAGUUAAUCUUCCUUUAGUCGAAGUCCCAUCUCAAUUGCUGCAGCUGCCAUCUACAUGGCCAGUCAAGCCUCAGCAGACAAACGAUCGGCCAGAGAGAUUGGAGAGAUCGCCGGAGCGGCAGAAGUUACAGUCCGACAGACCUAUCGGUUACUGUAUCCGAAGGCCAAAGAAUUAUUCCCGGAGGACUUCCGCUUCGACACCCCGGUCGAACAAUUACCCCCAUCGUAG